AUGCCAGCAAAGUCUUCGACUGCUUCACGCGCUUGGGGAACUCGUUUUGAUUCGCUCCCUUCAACUUCCCCACCACUCUCUCCGAGCUCUUUCAACCACUCCUCGCGUGACGUUGAAACUGCCAACGGCAGUCAAGCUCCUUUUGACGCGUCAAACAGGCAGAAAGAACAGAAAAUGCCUCAUGACGCCAGCGUUUUUGUCGGAAGUCUUCCCGGCAACAUUGACCAGCCGGAAUUGGCCCGUUUAUUAUCUCUGCACCUAUCGGAACAUGCACAGGUCAAGAACGUAAAGGUAGUUCGCGACUCCAAAGGCGGUGUCUGCGCUUUCGUGCAAUGCGAGAGCCUAAGCCUUUCUUGGGUCGCCACUUGCGCUAUGAGCCGGCAAGAGCCUUUAGGACCUUGUUGUUAUCUUAUCGAGUCUGUUCUUAGCACACCGAUGCAAUUUAUCCCUAUCGCGGAUCGCGACGCUGUCCCCGGGGAACAUAAUCGGGGAAAACAUGUAGAACUGGACCUCCCCUACGCCAUGAGACUGUGGAGGCCAAGAAAUUCCAAAUAUCUAGCCCUUCUAUACAAUGCAGAAGCAAUCGAAGCUGAGAACCGAGCUUCUGCGUUCAAAAGCCGUUUCAGUGGCGACUCUUGUGGUGAUCAAGUAUUGCAUCUACAGCCAGUUACGUGUGAUGCUGAAACUAUCAAGACGAUUUGUUUUCAUUUCGGGCCACUAGAACAGUUCCAGCCAUAUAAGGCUGAAGACGCAACAGAUUCUGAAUAUGACAGUCUUCGAAAACAUUAUCCUUAUCCCCACGACGGCCCUCGGUCCGCUUCUAUGGAUACUCGUUGUUUUGAGGUGAAAUGGGCGCACAGGGAUGAUUGCAUCAGUGCACUGAUGACUCUUCGUCGAGUCCCGCAUCUGACGGUGACCUGGGCACACCAACCUACUUUUCAUGGACGACAAUCUCCUUAUCAGAAUCGCUCCCCUUCUUCCAAUGCCGCCCUGUACCCGAUGUAUUUGCACGACCAGGGCCACAUGAGCAGCCCGCUCGCCGCAUCUCUGUCUAGCGGAUCUCGAAGGAACUCUACCACAACUGAGGAAUACGGUCGUGCCACGGGGAGUGUUGGAGUGUGGAAGGCAUUGCCUCAAGCUGCUUGUAAAGGGGAAUCAACUUUUCCCUCCAUGAACUCCACUCUCGUCGAUACUUCGAUGCCUAUUUCGGGAUCAUCACAGGGCGAGUGGAAUGAAAUGGACUUUCCUCCUCUUGUUAAGGAACGCAAAACAGAUUUCAGUGGCGUUUGGGGUGGAAAGAAGGCAGAAGACGAGAGAGAAGAUAAAGGAGAUACCAGAGAGAUUGAUGGGUUGGCAUCUACCAUGGGGCCCGUUUCCUUGUCCGACACGCCUCACGUCACGUACGAUAUGUCGGAAGAAUCCUUCGCUGCCGAAAAAGAAGAGAACUCGGCGAGGUACCAAGACAUCGAGCAAGAGUUGGAUAUGCCUCCGACUCCUGGGUUGGGGAUGUCUCCCAUCACACCUCGGACCCCCGGAGUUAUGUUUCCCGCGACACCUCCCAGCACGAUCGGUGACUUGCAUGGCAUAGUUUCGUUCAAUGGGUAUGACUCAAAGGACAAGGACGGCUAUCCAGAGGACCAUAACCGUGAAGAUAGGUUACUGGAUCCGACUACCUUGUUCGUCGGGGGGUUGGAGAUGUAUGGUCCGGGCGCUUGGGAUGAAGAAAAGGUCAGCAACUUCUUCCGCAAGUUCGGUGGGCUAGAGAGCGUCAAGGUGGUCAGGCCAGUGAAUGGCCGCGCCGCCUUUGCUUUCGUGAAGUUCGACAACACCGAAUCGCCUGCUCGCGCUGUUUUUGAGGAGCACAAUCGAGUUUACGAGGGUCGUGCCAUGCGUGUUCAACUUCGGGAUUGUAACCCGCCCCGUAGUAGCUGGAAAUAUGGCCGAGGGCGUGGACGUUACCCUUACCACAACGUUAUGUCUCAUCGGCCUUACGGUGAGACGAAUGAAAUGCACCAUCAUAGGGAGCAUAGCCAUCGGACCGACGUGGUAGCUCCAGGGGAAACAUCGAGAAUGCCUUCCGUCGAUACCGACGCGCCAUCGUCUUUCGACGUGGGCACUCAACCAGAAGAUACGGCACCCAAGAGGACUUCUGAGGUUCCGAGCGAUACGGAGACUGUGUCGACCGCGGUUCAUGAUCAAGAAGCAGCGAAAAUUCUUGGGACAAUGGAAGCGCCACCGCCGACCGAGAACUAUCGCGAAUGGUAUGAUGCUCUCGAGCCGUCACCGACAGAGACCUCGUCACCAGUCAAUCUUAAUCCUGGUGUGCCUUUUCCUGGUGCUAGUGGUGCUGGUAUUCAGUACCCGGUGCCAGCUGGAACGUAUUAUCCGCCUCCGCCUUGGGUUCAACCUUACACUCCACAUAUGCAGUACCCAGUUCCUUAUUUCUCAGGCCCUGCCAUUCAAGCCGGAUAUGCUGUUUCCCAUCCUUCUGCUCCGGGAUAUUCAAGCGCCACAGGUUCUGAUGCCAAUGGACCCGUGUCUACGCCCCAAAAUUUGUGGGCCAUGGGCAUGUAUGGUGCAUAUAUUCCCUACCCUGCCUUCCCCUCGAGGCCGACUCAUAACGCUGAUUCGUCAGCGCCUCAACAAACGCAGGUGCAGCAGCCUCCUGUGAUACCAACAGGAUUCAUACAAAACGAUCAAGGUACUCUCAUCGCAGUCUACCAACCUGAAGCCAUCGACCAAUACAUGACGGGCGGGCAAGUUCCUACUCCGUCUAACAGCGGUCAAGCUCCAGUGCAGACCAUGAACUGGACUCCGCCCCCUGCACCCACUUACGGAGCCCCCAGCCAAGUACCUCCGAGGAUGUCUAUGCAAGUUCGUCAAAUGCUAGCGCCUCCGGGAGGCAUGGGUUGGAUACCAGCCAGUCAACCCACCAUUGCCUUUCCCGCUUCGGGAUCCCAUCAGGCGAUGACCCCAUCCGGGCCUAUGCCUCUUCCGAGUGCAACCACAUUUCGUGCAAGCCAUGAUCUUAGUGCCAAUCACCUUAAUCCAUCGUUGAGGCGAAACACCGGCCGUCGAGACCAGCAGUUCAAUCCCAAUAGGAACAGCAAUCGACCUCUUUCAAAUCGCCACAGUCGACCGAACGGCAAUAAUGUGGGCCUAGCUCAGCCACAGCACACAGUACCUUUUCCCGUUCAAUUCUAG